AUUUUGUUUAGCAGGAAAAAGCUGUAAUUUUUUUAUUUGGUGAUUCUGCCGACUGUCGUGCAUCCGUUAUACCCGAGAAGAGAAUUGGCCAUGUUAAUUUUGCUUGUAGCGGUCUCGAAUCAAGUGUUUUUUUUUUGUCCCAUGCCUUGUUUAACAUGAUUUAGAUAUAGAGGUUUCUUGGAACUUUAAAGGAAGUGGCUUUUUCAUUGAGAUCUGCAGCACCCCUUUUGGGUUUGUGUAUUUUACUUUCCUGAUUCUGGGUUCUUCUUAUAUUUUUCCUUGGAGGAAGAAUCCUUGGUUUUCGGUUUGAUUUUCAUUGAGCUUCAUUUGCAAGGUUAACUGAUUCUUCGGGCGCUUGAGUUGGAGCUGGAUGCUGUUUUCUUACAGAUAUGAAUAUGGAAAAGAAAAAGACAAUCUCACAAUACAGAGAGAGGCUGGACCAUACGCUGUCUUCCCCUGAACUGACCGAUCCCGAGACGCUUGGAACGCUUGUCAAGAAUCAGAUUUUACGAUAUGCACAAGAUGAGCAAGAAGAAUUUAGUGAACAUUUAUUGGGCAAAAGGGCUCAGGAAGUAUCGAAUUUUCUUGACAUGUUAAGGAGUACUUCUGUUGAUGAUCAUCAAUUGUCAGAAUCCAGUGUGACAUCACAUGGUCAAUGGAAAUUGAAGCAUGAUAAUGAAGAGUUCCGUGUAAUGUACCGUGAAGGACCUCAUGGUACCCCGUUUCAUACAUUACUUGUUGAAGGCUAUGUAGAUGGGCCUUUGGAUGUUUGUUUAUGUAUCUCUUGGGAGUCGGCCCUCUACAAGAAAUGGUGGCCUCAGUCUAGCUUUCCACCUUUCAAAGUAACUAGUUCCACCUGUGUGCGAAAGAUCCGAAUUGGUGAACAGAUAGCUCUAGUGAGGGUGAAGGUCGCGUGGCCACUGUCAGCUAGGGAGGCUCUAGUACACUUUUUUUCCUUUGAGUACUUUCAAGAUGAUCUGAUUGUUAUUCUUAUGAACACGAUCUCAGAUGUGAGCAGCAUUGAUAGAGCAACUCAUGGGUUUACUAAUCAUGGGAUCCCUGAAGCAAAGGAUGUUGUAAGAAUUGAUGUAGUUGGAGGCUUUGCAUUGCAGAAGGUGAACAAUGAAAGAAGCUACUUCAGGACAAUAGCAAAUAUGGAUAUGAAGCUUGAUUUUGUACCUCCAUCCCUUAUAAACUUCAUCGCAAGGCAGCUUAUCGGAAACGGUUUCAGACUCUAUCAAAAGACUGUGGCUUCUGUCACUAAAACCGAUGAAGAUUACAGCAAGGCCUUGCGAGAGCCUCUGUUUUGUCUAAUACGUGAAGCUCUUUACUCCGGUAACAAAUCAGUCAAAGUUCUUGAAGCCCAAGAGCUAAAAACUGAACCUGAUCUUUUGCCGAACGAGAAUGUAAUUAAAGGCAAACAAGACAACACACAUGAUGGGGAGCUGACGGUUCAUGCUAAUGACCCUGCUGGUGAAUCUUCGCCGAAGAAGGCACAAGACAGAAAGAGAAAAGCUUUUGGUGAAAUUGAGGAAGAAGAAACUGAAGGGAGUACAUGCCUGGAUGAGGGCAUUACAGCUGCAAAUAAACUUUCAUCCAAUAAAUUUCCGGAUUCAAUUGGCGUAUAUGCUAAGCAAAAGAUUCCUAUUCGCCCGGAGGUGGAAGAAGCUCUAGGAACAUUGGAGAAGGCCAUUUCAAUAAUACGACGGUACGGAUUUAAUACUCAAAGGACACCUAGUUUCUCUGAUCCAGAAACUCCAAAUUUCGAAGAGGGUUUUGUCAAAGACCCAAUUUGUGCUGCAGAAGACGAUGUUUAUUUAAAAGCUGAGGGUGCUGUCAAAAUGUUCACGGAGAACCUGGAUGACUCCAAGAAUAGCAAUGACAUUAAUGACGAAAGGUCGGCAAGAUCGAAUUCUUUGUCCAGGGAAGUGAACCAUAACAAAGUAGUACCGGCAUUGCCUCAGCAAAAUGUAAUACCAACAGAGACUAACGAGGUUGGUUUGAAUUAUCUUGGAAAUGGAGCCACCAAGACAAAUGGUUUCCAUGAAAAGGGUGUAAAUGAUGUUGAGAAGCUGAGUAAAUCGAGGAAGCAUAGGUUCUGUUGCUUUGGCUUCUAUUCAGGGUAGCUUGAUGCCUCAAACCCUGGAAGAAGACUUUGUCUGGAUGAAAGCAAGGCACUUCAUUUUCAACCUCGAGCAUAGUGGAUUUUGUAACAUCUUACACAAAAAACGAAAAA